GCUUGCGCCAACGGUAAGUGGGAAAGCGCCACGCAUGCGUUCUUGACUAUUUACGCGCUGCGCUGCAUUAGGUCAAGGGUGAGGCGGGCAAGACUGGCUCGUCGGCGACGAGACCUCUGCCGCAGCUUCCGAUCGAGGUGUGGGAGAAUGGGAUCAACCAUCUGUGGGACGACCAGCGUGCUUUGAGGCGGUGCAGCCUCGUCUGCCGAGCGUGGUACCCUCCCUGUCGCUUCCACUUGCGCAGGGACAUCAGGAUCAGGACUGUCAAGGGAGUGAGGGCGUAUGCAAAGGAGCUGAAGCAGACGCCCGAGCUGUCGGAGAGGGCGCACGAUUUGUCCAUAUUGGGCGAUCGGAAGUAUAAUAUGUCAAGCUUGUCGCUGGCGGCGAUUCUUCUCGCUCGCAAGCUGCCCCAGCUGAAGACGCUCGUAAUCUGGGGAUCGCAGUGGGUACUCGGGACGAUGCACAGCGACAUUUUCCUGCGUCUCUCUGGCUUCUCCGUCACUCGCCUCAUUGUCUGUGAUGUCAGAUUCCCAUCAAUCACUGUCUUUGGGCAUCUCGUCUGCGCACUGCCAUGCCUCGUCGAGCUCGCAUGCGGCUUUUUGUCAUUCACACAUGACUGCUUCCAUGGCGAUAUGUUGGGUUCAUAUCGCGAUCGCGUCAACAUCAGGUCCUUGUCACUCGACGAAAAUCAAACCAUGGGUCCUGAGAAAUUCAUCGACUUGCUUGCUCAUCCUUGCAUCUCAGGUCGCUUGCAGGAACUCAACCUCGGAGUCAAAAAUACGAAUCAAUCACAAUACAAAUGGGACUGGCAGCCAUUGUUGGAUGCUGCGUCUGGUUCACUCUCAGAACUGCGAUGCAAUCUUCAAUCCUCAGAACUACAGAGGGGUACAGAGGUGUCUACUGCAGGUGUGCGCUCUAGUUUCAUGCAAGCAUUUCUGCUAACUAAAGUCUCUCUAGCUUUGGUGCCAUCAUUCACUGACCAUACCUCGCUGCAGAGACUAUGGGUAAAAGUUAUUGGUCCUCUUCAAGAUUCUGGCCUGGACACACUGUGUCAAAUGUUACUUUCGAUCAAGUCAGGCCAGCUUCGAGAAAUUGUGAUAGUGGUCCAUUGGAAUACAGCUGCACUCAUAUAUCGAAUGAAUCAAGCAAAGGAGGACUUUCUGAAACUCCAUGAGUCUGCUCGCCACAAAGAAAUUGACAAUCAUUUUUCAUCCGAUUCAUUCGAGUUGCUGAGCAGAAUAGAAUUCGUGCUUAUAUGGUACAGUCAGAGCGACGGCUUGGAAGGUCAUGUGCACCUUACAACAUCGUCUGGGGAGCAGUGGAAACAGCAACUUGAAUCUUUAUUCCCAAAACUGACCAAGCGAGGCAUCUUCUGGUGAGUAUCCCACAUUUU